AUGCUUCUUAUCAAACGUCCGUCUCUGGUAUCAAUUGCACGUAUACAUCGUUUCCAGGCAAUUUCAUUCCGUUUCGUAGCUGCAAAAGCUCAAGCAUCGAAGCACGCGACACGACCAACACCCAAAGCUCAAAAAAAGCCAGCCAAAAUGUCGAAGCGAACCGCGUACGACCGCGAUGAGCUUGGCCAUACCACCACCAAGCGCGCAAAGGAGGUUGACGAGAAUCUGCCUUAUGAUCAGUUGAAGAAAGCUCUGGGCGCGCAAGAGGAGAAGAACGAUGUCACGAGAGUAGUUCACCUGUUUCACCCAAAGGACUUGCGUAUUCAAGACAACACCGCUCUACACCAUGCUUCGGAGCUUGCGCAGAGCUCGAAGAAGCCUCUCAUCUGCGUAUAUUUGCAUUGCGCAGCGGACGAAUCAUGGCACGGCACGAGCCCAGCCCGAAUGGACUUUAUGUGUGAAGGUCUGAACAUCAUGCAGAAGGAACUGAAGGAACUGAACAUUCCGCUGGUAUUCCUAGAAUGUGAAGACCGGAAGAGGAUCGUGCCAACGGUAGUCGAUUGGCUGAAGGAACACCAUGUGUCACAUGUCUUCAGUAACCACGAGUACGAAAUUGACGAGAUGCGACGCGACGUACAGCUGGUGAAGCAAGUUGGAAACCAUGUUCACGUCUCAAUAUAUCACGACCAGACGGUCGUCGAACCGGGGACUAUGCUCACUGGCAAUGGUAAGCCCAUGAAAGUGUUCACACCCUACUUUGGCAAAUGGCUCGACAUCGUCAAGAAAGAGCCAGAGCUACUUGACCUAAGGCCCGACCCUAAGAAGCAGAGCGCAGCUAUCGCUAAAGAGCUCAAGGAUCUGUUCGACACAAAGCCUCCAAAGCCUGGAAAAGACAAGCAAUUUGAAAACGAGGAGGAUAGAAAGAGGAUUCGAAAACUAUGGCCUGCUGGCCAUAAAGCUGGUGGCAAACGAAUGGACGCGUUUCUCAAGCAGAUCAAGAACUACAAAGCUACACGAUCGAAUCCAGCCGAGGACUCAACAUCACGUAUGAGCGCAUACUUCUCCGCAGGCAUGUUCAGCGUGCGCGAGGCUUUGCGAAAAGUCAGUGACUACAACGGCGGCAGCAGUGACUUCACCGAAGGACGCUCAAAACCUGGCGUCUACAGUUGGGUGCGCGAAAUCGUAUUCCGCGAACUGUAUCGCCAGACAACGAUGACGACACCACACACCUCGAUGAACAUGCCGCAGAAUUUGAAAUUUGACUUUGUGCAAUGGGAAGACGACCAAGAAGGGUGGGAGAAGUGGUACAAAGGAACAACAGGCGAGCCUUUUAUCGACGCAGGCAUGCGCCAGCUUAAUCACGAGGCAUACAUGCACAAUCGCCUGCGCAUGAAUGUCUCCUCGUACCUCUACUGCAACCUCCUCAUCGAUUACCGUCGAGGCGAGCGCUACUUCGCUGAGACCCUGAUCGAUUGGGACCUGAGCAACAACACGCAAGGCUGGGAGCCAAGCUACACAGUCUUCAACCCUGUCAGCCAGGCUGAGAAGAACGAUCCAGACGGAGAUUACAUUAGACGAUGGGUGCCUGAGUUGAAGGAUGUACAGGGCAAAGCGAUCUUUGCGCCAUAUGAAAGGCUUAGUAAAGAGGAGUUCGAGAAGUUAGGGUAUCCGAAGCCGCAUGUCAACUGGAAAAAGACGAAGCAAAGGUGCAUGGAAAGAUUCAAGAACGACAUGUCCGGCGUUGAACCUUAG